GAUGCCAUUACAGAGAUGGACGAGCACAACCGACCUAUCCAUACCUUCCAGGUGUGCCACGUGAUGGAGCCCAACCAGAACAACUGGCUGCGGUCCAACUGGAUCUUCCGCCAGGCUGCUCAGAAGGUAUAUUUGGAGCUGCGCUUCACCCUACGUGACUGCAACUCCAUCCCCUGGGUGUUGGGCACAUGCAAGGAGACAUUCAACCUCUUCUACUAUGAGACGGAUGAUGCCCACAGUGUCACGUUCAAGCCCUCUCAAUACACCAAGAUUGACACAAUUGCUGCGGAUGAGAGCUUCACUCAGAUGGACCUCGGGGACCGCAUCCUGAAGCUCAACACAGAGGUGCGCGAGGUGGGGCCCAUCAGCCGGAAAGGCUUCUACCUGGCAUUCCAGGACAUCGGUGCAUGCAUUGCAUUGGUGUCGGUGAGAGUGUACUACAAAAAAUGUCCAUUCACACUUAGGAACUUGGCCUCAUUCCCAGACACAGUGCCACGCGUGGACUCAUCCUCCCUGGUGGAAGUGAGGGGGGCAUGUGUGGACCACGCUGAAGAGAUAGACACUCCCAAACUUUACUGUGGAGCAGAUGGUGAUUGGUUGGUUCCCCUGGGCAAGUGCGUCUGCAGCGUGGGGUACGAAGAGGUUGAAGGCUCCUGCAUUGCAUGCCAUCCAGGGUUCUACAAGGCAUUUGCAGGGAACGUCAAAUGCCCCAAGUGUCCUCCUCACAGUUUUAGCUAUGGAGAGGGGGCCGCUAUCUGCCACUGUGAGAAGGGCUUCUUCAGGGCAGAGAAAGAUCCCCCUACUAUGGCCUGCACACGCCCGCCCUCUCCUCCUCGAAACCUGAUGUUCAACAUGAAUGACACAUGUCUAAUGCUGGAGUGGUCUCCUCCCAGUGAUACUGGAGGCCGGCGUGACCUCACCUACAAUGUGCUAUGCAAACGUUGCAGUCCUGGACCUGACCAGUGCCAGCUUUGUGAGGAGGAGUUACGCUUUCUCCCCCGCCCCCAGGGUCUGACCAAUGCCAUGGUUACUGUUAUGGACUUUUCCACCCAUGCCAACUACACCUUCGAGAUUGAGUCACUCAACGGUGUGUCAGACCUGAGCUCCUUCCCGCGACCAGUCGCCGCCAUCACUAUCAGCACAGAUCAAGGAGGAAGCAGUGGCCACGGUCCCUCUCUGGUUGGAGCUCUGAGAAAGGAUUGGGCCUCCCCCACCGACAUUGCUCUGUCCUGGCAGGAGCCUGGACCAACAGCACCGCCCGUCCUCCAUUAUGAGAUUAAGUAUUAUAAAAGGGAGCAUGAGCAUCUGAGCUACUCCUCUACGCGUACGAAGAGCCCCAGUGUGGUCAUCACAGGUCUGAAGCCGCGUACCUGGUACGUCUUCAGCCUGGCAAGCUGCACAGCAGGCGGCUGCAGCACCUACUCCCCUCCAUACCAAUAUCAAACCUCAGCAGACUCAUCACACAUGGUAUCUGACCAAGGCCAGGUGCUGGUCAUGGUCACAGCAGCAGUUGGUGGAUUCACUCUCCUCGUCAUCCUGACCCUCUUCUUCCUCAUCACUGGACGAUGUCACUGGUUCAUCAAGGCCAAGAUGAGCUCAGAGGAGAAGAGAAGGAGCAGCUAUCCAAAUGGACCUGCCUUACCCUUCCCAGGAAAAAAGACUUAUGUGGACCCAGACACAUAUGAAGACCCCACCCAGUCUGUCCAUGACUUCACCAAGGAGAUUGACCCAACACAGAUCCGCAUUGAGAGAGUGAUUGGAGCAGGUGAAUUUGGUGAGGUGUGCAGUGGGCGUCUGCAGACACCAGGGAAGAAAGAGAUCGCAGUGGCAAUAAAGACACUGAAGGGUGGUUUUGCUGAGCGGCAAAGGCGGGACUUUCUGCGUGAGGCAUCAAUCAUGGGACAGUCUAACCACCCAAACAUUAUCAAGCUGGAGGGUGUGGUCACCAAAAGCAGGCCCGUGAUGAUGGUGGUGGAAUACAUGGAAAAUGGAUCUCUAGACUCUUUCCUGAGGCAACACGAUGGCCACUUUACAGUGAUUCAGCUGGUGGGCAUGAUGCGUGGCAUUGCCUCUGGCAUGAAGUACCUGGCAGACAUGGGGUACAUUCACCGAGACCUGGCAGCUCGAAACAUCCUGGUCAACAGCAACCUGGUGUGUAAAGUGUCUGACUUUGGUCUGUCCCGAGUCCUGGAGGACGAUCCAGAGGCCGCCUACACAACCACGGGUGGUAAGAUCCCUAUCCGCUGGACAGCUCCUGAGGCCAUCUCAUACAGGAAGUUCUCGUCGGCCAGUGAUGCGUGGAGCUAUGGUAUUGUAAUGUGGGAAGUGAUGUCAUAUGGGGAGCGGCCUUACUGGGAGAUGUCCAAUCAGGAUGUGAUUCUGUCCAUUGAGGAGGGCUACCGUCUGCCGGCCCCAGUCGGCUGCCCUGUGGCACUCCAUCAGCUGAUGUUGCACUGCUGGAGAAAAGAAAGAAGCCACCGGCCAACGUUCACUGAUGUGGUUUCUUUCCUGGACAGACUUAUUUGUAACCCCAGCAGGCUGCUUUCUCUGGCGGAGGAUGUCCAGAGUCCACCAGAGUCUCCGGGGGAAGUCAUGGACCACCACAUGUUCAUCUCCAUCAGCGACUGGCUGGACUCUAUUAAGAUGAGCCAAUACAAGAGCAACUUUAUGGCAGCAGGCUUCACCACGCUGGAUUCAGUGGCCACGAUGAGCAUCGAAGAUGUCCGGCAUAUCGGGGUGCAGCUGGUUGGCCAUCAGAGGCAGAUCAUCAGCAGUGCAGAGACCCUGUGUCUCCAGCUCCUGCAUGGACAGGACACGGGUUUCCAUGUAUGA